AUGGUCGCUCUGUUCUUGAUUCUCCAAGCCAUCUCCAUCAAGGCCUUCAGCCCCGCCACUUGCAACCCUAACGCCACCUCGCUAGAUGUUGGGGUUCUACCGGCUUUCUUUCAACCCCUGCUCCCUCCCGAGGGACUCCUCGGCCUCUGGGUGAAGGCGAAGCCCUUGAACCCCUACCACCGCAUCCAAGGGCCACCUCCGUCUUCGUCCCUCUUUGUAGUCCUCUUCCGUCAACACAACUGCUCCUUCUCCAAGAAGAUCCUCCAGGCCCAACAAGUGGGCUCCCGCACCGCCCUCGUGCACAAUGCGAGUUCCCCAAUGCUGGAGAACAUCGUGAGCGAGCCGGGCGCCAAAUGGCACCUUCACAUCCCAGCCACGUUCUCCGCGGAAGAGACGGCAAAAAUCCUCAAACAUCUGCGCCGCUCGGGGAAAGCCCUUCUCGCCCUCCCCAGGCGCGAACGUUUUCAUUUCCCCUGGAAAAUGGCUUCGAGGACUUCCCGUCUCAAGGUGGUCAGAAGUCCCAGCCAGUGUCUCCUCCAGCCAGCGGGCUUUUGCUGCCAGAUUGCCAUGUUCUACACCUGUUGGAUCAUCUGUCUUACCGUGUCCGCCACUUUCAUUGCCAUGAUGCUGACGGAGCAUUAUCUACCCUGGAGCAAGAGGAAGAGAACAAGGCGAAACCGCCUUCUCCGGGAGCAGGGGAAGGACCCUGUCCAUAUCUCGUUGACCGGUUCUAAGUACCAAGAGUGCGCCAUUUGCUUAGACCAGUACAUGCAGUACGAUGGCGUGAAGGUGCUCUCCUGUUCCCAUGCCUUUCACAGCCGAUGCAUCGACCUCUGGCACAUCACCCAAGCCAGAAAUAAAACCUGUCCUCUCUGCAUGCAGAAGGUCAUGGUGGUCACCCAUUUGAUGGCGAUGAGGUUAUGGCAACAAGAGAAAUCGGUAGGAUGCUGCGAGCUGACCAAGAACAAGCCAUAUCCCACCUGCAACCACGUUUCCUGUUGGCAGAACCACGUCGUUCCCGAUUCUGAAGAUUAA